GAUAAUUCUUAAUAUUUCUAGUAUUCAUAUUCAGUUAGAAAUGUUAAAGGAAAUGGUAAGGUUACAAGUUCAAAAAAAUUUGGAAUUAAUUAAAAAUAGGUACAACUGGCUUUAGAAUCAAUCCCAUGGCUCAAUGAGCAUAAGUAGACAACGCCCACGUACAAACCUGGAAACACAAAAUUGAAUGUUAAAGACAGAUGUGUUAUCAAUACGUACUGUAACUGAUGCACUGAAUUUCUGUCAAUCAACAUAACUUGGGUUUAAGACCUAAAGAACUACAGUAUAAUAUAUUAUUAUUUUUAGUAGAAACAUGGAGAAACCUGGAAGUGAUGUAAAUGACAUAAUGACAGAGGCUGAUAUUAUACACAGAAUUGAUCAUGACGAACAUGUUGUCCUGGGAAUACAAGAGGUACUUACAAUUACCAAUGACUUGGAUCUACUAAGAACAAAUACAGAAGAACAACAGGAGUUACUGCAAGAAUAUGCACACAAGAAUGAAGAAUUAGAAAUAAAAAUUAUACAAAUGGCAACAAACAUUACAAGCCUAGAAACUGAAAAUGUUGAUCUACACCUAAAAAUUGAGGAAUAUGAAGAGUUAAUAAAGAAGUUGCACGAUGAUUUUGAAGAAAAAAUUAAACAAAAAUCUGAUAAAAAUGAUGAUUUAAGAAUCGAAAAUGAUUCUUUAAAAAAAUUUAAAGGAGAGGAAGUUAAUGAGAGGGAAAAAGUACGAAGUGGUCUGAAUAAUGAAAUCAAGCAUUUACGCAAUCAAAAGGAAGAAAAAGAAAAAGAAAUUAGAGAGAUGAAACUUGAAUGUGAAGACCUACGUACUGACUUAAAGAGAAGUUUUCGAAGAGGCGUUUCAAAGGAAAGGGAAAAUGAAACAUUAAAAGCUGGGAAUGUUAAAAUAAAUGAACAGAAGAGAGCAAAAGAUAAGACAAUUCGAGAACUAUCAAGUAAAGACAAAAGAAAUAGAGAUUUGAUAAAAAAUAUUGAAGAAGAAAAUGAUAAUUUAAAGAAACAGAUUAGAGAAUUGGAAAGGAAAAUGAGAAAAGUGGAACAGGAGCAAAAGUAUGCUACCAGAAAAUUGAGAGAAGAAAAUGACACAGCACAGACAAAUAAUGAGAGGAAAAUUCAAGAAAUAUUAAAUAACGCAAAAGAAAAUGAAGAUUGCUUGAAAAAAAGUCAAAAAGAAAAUGAAAACCUUAAAGAAGAGCAUAGGGAAUUAGAACUAAUUAUGAGGAAUGAGGUGAAAGAGCAAAGGCAUGCCAACAGAAAGUUACGAGAGGAUUUUGAAAAAGCACAAACAAUGAAAGAUAGGAAAAUCAAGCAAUUAAAUGGUGAGAUUGUUACAUGUGGAAAAUUAAGGAAAGAAGCAAGGGUUAAGGUAUUCAGAUUGAAUAUGACAAUUCAAUUUUGUCUAAUAAUUAGUGUUAUAUUAAUGGUUUUGCUUUUUACAAUUGUUUAAGUUAGCAGUCACAAUUAUUAUUAAAGAUGGUCCAACAUAACACAGAUCUUAAUUGUAGACAUAAAAGAUUUAAUAUCAAAUGCUUUAUGUUUGGAAUAUUUCAAAACCUGAAUAGUUUCUCAUGUAGAUAAUUAUGAUUAAAUUAUAUGAUGUAGAUGAUUAAAUAAAAAACAAAGUUUGUUGCCCAAGUUCAACUGACCAAAGUACUUGUAUUAUGUAUGGAAAAUAUAUUUUUUAAGAUUUAAUAAUUUGGAUAGCUUAACCAUGGUUUUUAGCCUGGUGGUUACCACUCUACCACAAAAACUGCAUGGGGAAAGGGAUGGGUAGGGAUAAAAACCUGAUUUGCAAUGGUCACUCUGCUUGGACAACACAAAAAUUAUUUUUUAUGGCAUUAUGAUACAUUAUUAUGAAGUGGAUGAUUAUCAUUCAUUAAUCUGAGAUUUAUAAUUUACUUUAUCAAUCAUUAUUACAAAGUUAUUUUUUCUCUGUUGUACAACUGUUUAUAAUUGGUGUUAAAUCAUUUUGGAAAUAGUGCUUUAUGAAUUAAAUCAGAAAAUUAUUUACACAGAAAAAUGUUGAGUGACCAAUCAGUGGUCAACUUUUGCUAAACAUGCAGGACAACAACAGACCACUACUGUAUAUGUGGAGUGCAAAGAUUAAUAUCAUUACACACAAGUGUGUAAAUAGAUUGCACUCUGCAACAGAAUGUUUUGCUGCAGUUUUGUGCCGCCCUGUGUAAAUAGACAAGACUAGGAACAUUUUCCAUAAGGAGCUACCUCAUGCUCUCCACAAUAAAUACCAAAGGCAGCCCUUUGAAAAACAAGAGUACUGUACAGUAUAUAAUAAAGUUCUAGUAUAUGUAUUACUUAAAGUACACAAAUCAUUCCGGCACUCGGAGUGCCCUUUGUGUCCUUCUAGUCUGACGCCGCGCUUCCAACUCCCUAGCCCAAGCCUCUUCUUUGGCAGCGAACUGGCCAAAGAAGAGGUCCUCUGCCCCAAAAGAGGGGCAGUCUAAAAACCGGUCAAAAUGACCGGGGCUGACGGUCGUCGCCCGGAGCACAUUAGCCCUCCGGGCUGCGUCGGCAGCCUGGGCGAUGGAACUAAACUGGUCCGAAAUAAGGCCAAUGCCCGCCCGAAGGAGGCCAAUGGCGUCCGGGACGAGAGUUGGGUUAGCAUCAGCGUCAGACAAGAAGGACAAAGCAAACCCCGCCCCAUUCACGGCGCGAAUGCCCUCCCGAGCCGCGCGGUCCAC